ACGAUAAAUUCCCGCCAUCCUAAAAACCCUAAUUCCCAAAACUUUAUUCUUAUAAACCCUAAAGCUUCUUCCUUUUCUCCUCAUCUUUUCCACCACCACCACCACCACCACCACCACCACCACCAAGAAGAAGCUCAAAAACCCAAAUCAAUGGAAACCCCAACACCAAAAUCAACAAAUCUAGUCCUAAUCCUUGAUUUCGGCUCACAAUACACACAUCUCAUAACCCGCCGUAUCAGAAAACUCUCAAUCUUCUCACUCUGUAUUUCCGGCACAUCAUCUCUCAAAACCAUCACGGACUUGAACCCUAAAGUGAUAAUCUUAUCAGGUGGACCUCACUCUGUCCAUUCAGAAGAUGCGCCAACAUUCCCACAAGGGUUUAUUGAGUAUGUUGAAUCAAAUGGGAUUUUUGUUUUGGGUAUUUGUUAUGGAUUGCAAUUGAUUGUUCAGAAGCUUGGUGGUGUUGUUGAUAUUGGUGAGAAACAAGAGUAUGGUAGGAUGGAGAUUGAGGUUUUGAAGGAGAGUGGGUUGUAUAAGAGUGGUGGGGUUGGGUCUAAACAGAGUGUUUGGAUGAGUCAUGGUGAUGAAGCUGUCAAAUUGCCUGAGGGGUUUAGCGUUGUUGCGAAGAGUCAGCAGGGUUCGGUUGCGGCGAUUGAGAAUCCGAAGAGGAAGUUUUAUGGACUUCAAUAUCACCCUGAGGUGACACAUUCACCGGAAGGCAUGGUAACUCUUAGCAAUUUUCUAUUAAAUGUUUGUGGAAUAGUUCCUGAAUGGAAGAUGGAAGAUGUACUAGAAGAAGAAAUCAAAGUUAUUAGACAAGUAGUUGCGGAUGAUGAUCAUGUUAUCUGUGCUUUAUCUGGGGGUGUUGAUUCUACAGUUGCAGCAACUUUGGUUCAUAGAGCAAUUGGAGAUAGACUUCACUGUGUUUUUGUGGACAAUGGUUUAUUGAGGUUUAAGGAGCAGGAGCGUGUGAUGCAGCUCUUUGAAAAGGACCUUCACUUGCCAGUUACUUGUGUUGAUGCAGUAGAGAAGUUCUUAGGCGAGCUGAAAGGUGUAGUAGAUCCUGAGAAAAAGAGGAAAAUAAUUGGAAAGGAAUUUAUUACUGUAUUCGAUGAGUUCGCCACCAAAUUGGAGAAGGAAAUAGGGAAAAAACCUGCUUUCUUGGUUCAGGGAACCCUUUAUCCUGAUGUUAUCGAAUCGUGCCCACCACCUGGAAGUGGAAGAAGCCAUUCCCACACAAUCAAGAGCCAUCACAAUGUUGGGGGCCUCCCCAAGGACAUGAAAUUGAAGCUUAUUGAACCACUUAAGCUCCUGUUUAAGGAUGAGGUACGGGAGCUUGGAAAGAUCUUAAAUGUUCCCGAGGGGUUCCUUAAGCGCCACCCAUUCCCUGGUCCUGGUCUUGCAGUACGAGUCUUAGGUGAUGUCACGGAAGGAAAUGCAUUGGAGAUUCUCCGUCAGGUUGAUGAAAUCUUCAUUGAGUCAAUUAAAGAAGCUGGACUUUAUGAUUCCAUCUGGCAAGCUUUUGCAGUAUUUUUGCCCAUAAGAUCAGUUGGUGUUCAGGGUGAUCAGAGAACACACUCUCAUGUUGUUGCCCUUAGAGCUGUUACUAGUCAGGAUGGUAUGACGGCAGACUGGUACAAUUUUGAGCACAAGUUUCUAGAUGAUGUGUCCAGAAAGAUUUGCAAUAGUGUCAGGGGUGUAAACCGAGUUGUUCAAGACAUCACAUCGAAACCACCAUCAACUAUUGAAUGGGAAUGAAGUUCUGGUGAACGGGUAACUUGAAUACGCACUCCCAAAAAUAUCCAAAACCUAUAUUCGGCGCAAAAAACUAACAAAGAAAAAGAAAGGAAAAAAAUAAGAUCAAAUGGGGAAUGGCUUCAUAAAUGAAUUGCAAGUACUUGAUGUAUAUCUGCUAAAUCCUGUCAAUUCUUUAAGAAAAAUGGCCUAUCUAACUAGCACUAAAAUAAUCCCACUUGUUUCAUCAAUUUGUUUUUAGUUUUUCUAGAUAGAAGAUGGAGAAAUUAAUCCAUUUCUCAACCAUCAACUUGUUUGUGU